AUGGCUCGUGGACAUCAGAAAGAAUUGGCUCGACAACGUAAUGAUAAGAACGGUAGUGGAAAUAAACCGACCACACAAAAAGGCACUAAUGCUGCUGCUUUAACAUAUCAAUGCACAGUUUGUAAAACUAAAAUGGGCGAUCCAAAAACUUACAAACAACAUUUUGAAAGCAAACACCCAAAGAGUGAAUUACCAGCUGAAUUACAAGAUGUUUAA